ACCCCGCAGCAGCAUGCGAACCCCCACAGUCGCCACCGCUGCCCUAUGCUUGGCCUGGGCCCUGGUCCUAGUGCCCGCCUUCCCGCAAGGCCACAGCAGUCCCGGGACGGGACCCCCAAAAUCGCCCGGGGCUUCCCAUGGCAGCCGCUGCGGGGACGAGAGCCUCAACGACACGGACACGCUGCGGCGCUGUGCGGACGAUGGGGCCUUCGACGCCGUGGCGCUGGACGAGAAGGGCAGGAUGCUGUUCUUCAAAGGGGACGAGGUCUGGAAGGGGUCGCACGGCCGGCCUGAGCCCAUCAACGCCACGUGGCCGGAGCUGGGGUCAGGGCCCGUGGACGCUGCCUUCCGCAUCCAUCACAAGAGCAGUUCUGUGCACGACAGCCUCUACCUCUUCCAGGGCGAGCAGGUCUGGGUUUACACGGACGGGAAGCUGUGCUCCGGCUACCCCCGUGCCAUCGGGGACGAGUUCAAGGGCGUGCCGGGGCACCUGGACAGCGCCGUGGAGUGCCACCCCGAGGAGUGCCAGGCCGAGGGCAUCAUCUUCUUCAAGGGCUCGGACGUGUACUGGUACGACCUGAGCACAGGGCAGCUGAAGCAGCGGGCAUGGAUGCAGGUGGGCAACUGCUCGGCGGCGUUGCGCUGGCUGGAGCGCUACUACUGCUUCCAGGGCCUGCGCUUCCUGCGCUUCAACCCGCUGUCUGGCGACGUGCCCCCCCACCGCCACCCCCGCGAUUCCUUCAUCUGCUGCCCCGGCAGAGGCCACGGGCACGCGGCGCACCACAACGCCACGUUCCACGCCCCCAUGGACCGCUGCAGCGGGCUGCCCCUGCAGGCCUUCGCCUCCGACGACAAGGGCCGGCUCUAUGCCUUCCGCCAGGGCUACUACUUCCGCCUGGACUCCCGUCGGGACGGGUGGCACGCGUGGCCCCUCAGCCACACGUGGGCCGGGCUGGAGGGUGAGGUGGACGCCACCUUCAUCUGGGAGAACUUCAUGUACAUCAUCCAGGGCUCCCAGGUAUCCAUCUACCGGGAGGACCAGGGCCACGCGCUGGUGCAGGGCUACCCCAAGGGGCUGCAGGAGGAGCUGGGGAUCCUGGGGGCCGAUGCCGCCUUCACCUGCCCCGGCUCCCCACUGCUCUACGUCAUCCAAGGCAGCAGCAUGCAGCAGGUGGAC